UUCAUCGGGAUCGAGAUACUCCUCGGGGAAGAAUUAUGCAACAGUUCAAUUUACUUGCCUACUUCACGCAGCUAUUUACAAUCUUUUAUCCACUGAUAGAAAAAUGAAACAUAUAAGACUAUUAUCAAGUCUUGGGAGGAGUUUGGGAUUGACAGACCAAGGAAUAUUGAGAGGUUGGACAGAGAGGUGCUGCAGAUGUGGAGUUUCCAGAGGUGUAUCCUCAGUAUCCUCAAAGAUCAAUUCAUCAGAAGACCAGCAUGCAGCAGAAAACUACAAGAAGAUAAUGGGAAAAGUCCCUCAGUGUGUGGUGGUUGUGACUUCAGGAGAGUAUGACAUACUGAGAGAUCGCUGGUCAAAGAGAGGAAUGACUUGUACAUCAUUUACCAAUGUCUCCUACCACCCUCCAAUUGUGUCCUUCUGUAUCAACAAUCCAAGUCACAUGCAUGAGUUGCUGCUAAGAACUCAAAAAUUUGCCAUCCAUGUGCUAAAGCAAAAUCAGGUAAAAUAUGGAGUAGACUUUGCAAAACAUGUUGAAACAGAAGAUUGUCAGUUCAAAGAAAUUCCACAUGCCCAGACAAAUGAUGGUGUCCCUAUAAUUUCUGACUGUGCUGCAGUGAUGGAGUGUCGUGCCCAUUCAGUACACACUGUAGGGGACCACCAUGUGUGGUAUGGGGGCGUGGUCAAUGCCGAAAUUAACGAGUCAGAGGACAACCCUCUCCUGUAUUAUAUAAGAUCCUUUAGAUCUGUAGGAGAUGAAAUAUUUAUCCAAGCAUUUGAGGAUGCCACCUUGCCAUAUGAGGAUUGGACUCAUGAGGCACAUUUGAGGAUGGCCUGGAAUUACAUCACAGAAUAUGGCAAAGAGGCAGCCACUCCACACAUAAGACAAGGAAUUCAGCAUUUUAAUGAACAAAACAAAGAAAAGGUUAAGUUUGGAUACCACGAAACAAUAACCAUGUUCUACAUUGCGGAGGUAGCGCAUGCCAUCAAGCAGUCCCCUGGAGUAAACUCUUUUGAGGAGUUUGUAGAAAGAAACCCUUACCUCUUUGACAAGACAGUUAUAGCACAGUACUACUCCCAUAAACAUCUGUACUCUGACACAGCCAGACAUCAGUUUGUACAGCCAGAUCUGAAAGCACUUCCAAGUUGAUGUCGUGCCUUAUUAGUGACAUACUAUCUUGUAUCUAUGUUAGAUCAGUGUAUUCCUUGAGUUGAGAUUAAUUUAUUGUGUAAAAGUUUAAAACUUUUUUUAUUUUUUUAAACAGUGAUUAACAUUUUCUUUUCUUUUUACGAUUGCGCCAGUUAAAGGACUGUAUUUUUUUGUUAGUAUAACUGCAUCAAAUUUCAGAAUUUGCUUAGAAUUUUUGUAUAAUAAUUUUUUAGCUCAC